GUUUGUCUGCCGCUAGCACCCCGCCCACAGCAGUGAUUAUUGUGUCAGGUACAGAAAGUCGGCCCGGUUUACCCCCUUAACCCCACAUAUUUCUCCCGAAUUGUCCGGAUAGAGAAGACGAGCUGAUCGGGAGCGGGUCUAACAGGGAUCCUGGCCUGGUGUGAAGUGGAUCUGACUCGGUUCGGAGCGGUUUUCUAAAGGAUCUGGACCACUGGGAGGCAGAGAAGGAGGGAAAGUUUGCUCCAGCUUAUGUUCACGGUGAGAAAUCCUUACUCUCUAACCUCUUUCCUUGUCUCCUCGCCUCCUACGCUCUUUACCUUGGUCGAUGGAGGCGCCCUGUGUGCUCGACAUGAACCCCACGGACCGGCUCGGUUCACGGUAAUCCUGCUCGCGGGCUGCAGGUGGACGGCGUGUGAUUGGCUCUUACCGGUACAGGUAGCAGAACCGGAGCAGAUGGAGGCGAUUUUCUAAGAGCAGGGACCGAAAACAGCUUCAUUUGAGACUGACAGCCGGGAGUGAAGCGAAGAAAUCAGCCUGUUCGACUGUAUUUUUUUAAUGCAAAUCAAUGCAGCUGCAACACAUAACCUACUUACACAUGCACAUCAACUACUGAACAAAAAUAUAGAUAAAACAGACACAAUAAAACGGUGUCUAAUAAAAAACUUAACAGACAUAAUGUGAGGAAAUCUUCUAAAUCUAAUUAAAAACCAAAAUUUGUUAUAAUCCUGUUAUUAAACCAAAUGAAACAGAUAAAAAUACACAAAUACAUGAAGGAACGAAUUAUUAUAGCUGACUAAAUUAAAAUGAGGGCAAGGAGGUGAAAUUUGUUGUAUAGGCUGUAUGGAUAAAGCUUAUUUUAAGGCCUAAAACUGCAAAUAUUGAUAAAAAUCAACAGAUAAAAUGCACAAAAGCUAAAAUACAAAAGGAGAAAUCACAAAAACCUUUGUUUGUUUGUUUGUUUGUUUGUUUGUUUGUUUGGGCCCCACUGGCAACUACGAACCUCUGCAGGUGAAACCCAUGUGGAUAAUAGAUUCACAUACAUUACAAAUUAGAGUUCAAGCUUUAUUAUAAAUAGGUAAUUAAUUAAACUCCACAGGCAACACCCCAAACCAAGAGUAUCAAUAAACCUGUCAUCAAUCAAACAGGUGCCGCUCAAAAAAACAGAAUGUCCUGAAAAUGUUAUUUUUUUACCAGAUGCUCUAAAUCUGUCGCACACAGAGUGAAAAAAAUCCAGACUUUAUUCUGUUUGAAUCUUUAUGAUUUCAGCUCAUGAAACUCAAAAAACUGUGGUAAAGUCCAGUUUCUUGUCAGGUCCUUAAGUCCUGAAAAGAGCUCUGAACACCUGCAGAGGUUUUACUGAACCUUCAUUGUCUCACUCUGGUCUGGUUUAGUCCACACAGUAGCGAUCAGGGUUCAGACUGCUGACCUGACAGCGGACCAGGAGACGAUCAUUGAUCCGCUUCACAGGGAGGGUCAACCACAGAAGGUCAUGACUGAAAAGUCUGCCUGUUCUUCAUCAACCUGCAGGACUGAGACAGAAGACCAGGACUAAACAGCUGCAUGAAGAAUCAAAUGACCUGAAACACGUACAAACAUGUAACAUGUAACAUGUGCUGCUGAGUUUUCUAGUGUUUGUUUCUGAGCUGUGGAGCGUUACUUUAGGAGUGGAUUCAGAGGUACUGAAGGUGGAUCUCCAUAAAUCUAGAUAGACUCUCUCUCUGUCCCUUAAAGGGAUAUUCCGGCGUAAAAUUAAGUCAUGGUCAAACACAUCGUAACACCGAGUUAAACACCCCCUCGAGACAUGAAUGUCGCCGACUGCUUGCUUCUCUAGUUGUACCAACUUCAGUAACGACAGCAGGAUAGAAAUACACAGCGGUCUGAGGAGCCAUAAACAAACCUCGACCAAAACGUCACUCUAUAGCCCGUGUCUGCAGUGCAAAAUGAUUAAUAUGGUGAUUAUUACUUAAAGAAAAUUAUAAAGAAAUGAUCAUAAAUGUUCUUCCUUGAGCUGCGUCACCCCACUGUAGUCCGUAAUGGACUGGCCUGAGGUCUUGCAACGAACAAGCGGCUGCUGGAAGAGAGUAGGUGAGUUGUGUUUAGUCUCUUUAAGGCAAAGUUAAAAAGAUGUUUGCUGUCUAGUACUAUGGCUGUGACUGUGUAUGUCCUGUUGAUGAAGUUAGGUGCUGUUCUGAGCAUUAUUUGUGGCUAUAGAGUGGUGUUUUGGUUGAGGUUUGUUUAUGGCUCCUCAGACCUCUCUGUAUUACUAUCCUGCAGUCGUUACUAAAGUUGGUACAACUAGAGAAGCAAGCAGUCGGCAACAUUCAUCUCUGGAGGGGGUGUCUAACUCGGUGUUACAGUGUGUUUGACCAUGACUUAAUUUUACGCCGGAAUAUCCCUUUAAAACCACUUCUUCCUCUCCGUCAGUGUGUCUCAUUCCUGCAGACAGGUCUGGGAUGUGCGUCUGUCACCGCAGUCACGCUCUUUAUCUGUCCAUCAGUCAGAAAGCGCUCUGUGAUUAGCUUUCGAGUUAUUAGUCAGCCGUUAAAAAGUCGGUCCUACAGGUUGAGACAGAAGUCAAGAACUGAAUGAAAACCAUUAGAAGCAGUCAGACCAGUCAGACGGCCCAGCUGUCCUCAGACUGAACUACACCAACUCUGUUAAUCCACAGUGAAGCUGGAUCACAGCUGGGAUGGAGCUACUGCAGGAUAUCUGUCAGCUUUUUCUGAGGGUAGAAUUUAAAAAUGGAUGUUUAAUAAUGAAGACAUGAAGAUGGAGAUUAAUGUCGCACCUUAGCUUAGUUUAGUGUUAUGAUAAAGAGCAGGAAGAAAGCUGCUCAGGGUCUAUUCAGAGGACACACAGUCCAGCUCUGAAGUUCAUAGUUUGGACAAUGAAUCUGUAGGAGCCAUAAUGUCACUUUGCUUAUUGGUUAUCCUGUUUUCAGUUACUUUUGUCUUGUUGCCAUCGGUUUUGCUGGGUUUGGGUCACGUGGUCACUGUGUUUGAAAGCCGGUAAGUUAUUUAAGGGGCGGUCUUACCUGCACUGGGGUGGAGAGGUGAGCCGAGGUAGCUGUAAUUUUUGUUGACCGCACUUUAUGAUCUUUGUUUGCUAUGAUACACGUCGCAAAGUGCACACAUAUUCUAUCUGAUCAUUAGCAAUUGUAGGAGCUUUUUUUCUGAUAUUGAAGCUCCGAGAACUUCCAUGAACUGUGAGGGCUUCUUUGGAACAGCAGCGGCGUCGUGUCACACAAAUAUACAGGACCUAGUCUCUGCCUCAAGCGGCUUUUUAAAGGUACUUAGAAGGCAAUAGAAACAAAGAGGAAACCUAAAACUUCUUCAAAACUUCAAAGCUCCUCAUUCUCUUAAAAACUAUAAUCAGUGAAGAAGAAGUGGUUACUCCUCUCCCUGCUCUCCUCUCUCCACCUGUUGCAGAAAUGUUGAGGAUACACCGGUCCAUAAAUAACCGAACUUUCUUCCUCGUUGAUCUGAGCUGCUUCUGAAGUGAAAGUUUGGUGAAAGUUUGAGGGGAAGGGCUUCACCGCAGGGAGGGUGCGCUUCAUUCAACGUACAGGCUGUAUCAGGGGCAACACCAUCGCGCUGACAGGAAGUAAAGAACGGUUUGUGUGUUUCAUUUUUUUUUUAGCACACAGCAGAAGAAGUUGAGAAGGUGAUGCCCCUGACAGGAAGUGCAGGGACAGCCGUGAGUUAGUGUCACUCGUGUUCUGAUCCUUGUUUCAGUCUGCAGAACAGAAGAUGAAUCAUGAGCUCAGGGAGGAUCAGGCAGCUGAUGAAACAUUUCCUCCUCCCUGAACAAACACUGAUGACAGCUCAGUGCCGCCUCUAAUUGCCUGUUUGCAUGAGUUGGCUGCGAUGUUGAUGUAUAAAUAAAGCUUAUAAUCAUUUAGUGAUGAGGGCGCCUCAGAUCCAGGUCAGAAACCAGAGUCAUUAGAAGAAGAGGAAACAUGUUCAGAUGCUUCUUCUGUGGUUCCUGCUCCGCAUCGGUCUCAAGUUUCAGGUUCUGUGGGUCAGUUUCAUCACCGUCAUUUUCCUGCUGGGGUUCGAGAAUGUAAAUAAAACUUAUAGUUUAUAAGUUUGUUUAGUUUAUAAGUACAGCUUAUAGUCGACGUCAGUUUGGUUUAUACAAUAACCUGCAUCGGAAAGGUGGUGAGAACACGAGCAUGUGCAACAAACACGCCCUUAAAGAGGGACAGGCGGGGUCACGGUGAUAAGGAAACACACGGUACAGACUUUCACACAUGUGACUGAGAGGAGCAGGAGGAGGAGGAGAAGAGAGGAGGGCAGGGAGAGGAGCAGGAGAGAGGGGGAGAGAGGAGACCAGGGAGAGGAGGAGGAGGAGGAGGAGGGGAGAGCAGGGAGAGGAGCAGGAGGAGGAGAGAGGAGAGAGGAGAGGGGCAGGAGGAGAAGGGAGAGCAGGGAUAGGAGCCGGAGGAGGAGAGGGGAGAGCAGGGAGAGGAGCAGAAGGAGAGAGAGGAGCAGGAGGAGGAGGAGAAGAGAGGAGGGCAGGGAGAGGAGCAGAAGGAGAGAGAGGAGCAGGAGGAGGAGGGAGCAGAGAGGAGAGAGAAGAGAGGAGGAAAAAGAGGAGAGCAGGGAGAGGAAAAGGAGGAGGAGAGAGGAGAGCAGGGGGAAGAGAAGGAGAGAGGAGUGCAGGGAGAGGAGCAGGAGGAGAAAGGAGAGAGGAGAGGAAGCAGGAGGCAAGAGAGGAGCAGGAGGAGGCAGGAGGAGAGGAGAAGGAGGAGGAGGAAAGAGGAGAGUAAGGAGAGGAGCAGGAGGAGACCAGGGUGAGGAGAAGGAGGAGAGAAGAGCAGGGAGAGGAACAGAAGGAGCAGACAGGAGAGCAGGGAGAGAAGAAAGGAGGAGCAGACAGGAGAGCAGGGAGAGGAGAAAGAGGAGGAGAGAUGAUACCUGGGAGAGGAGCAGGAGGAGAGCAGGGAGAGGACAGACUGAGUCCAACAACAGAGACUGAAGUGAUUGAAAGUUUGUUUGAACUCCUGAACUGAAAAGUGAGAGAACAUCGUAGUGAAUCUUUCAAUUUUACUGACAGUGUAAAAAAACUGAAGCUGCUUAAAAACAUGAGACACAAAUGUUAAAUCAGGGGUCAGUGUUUUUAUUAAUCCUGAUGUCACAUAUUAGAAAAGAGUCUAAAUUCUGAUGGACUGACCCUCCAGCGUUUCUGUCUUUACAGGAAAAACUACAGACCUGACUGAAUCAGUUCAAACACCGUCACACAGGAUUACUCGUGGCGCUCAUUUCUUUGUCUUCCUCUCUUCUUCUUCCUGUCUGCAGCGCCGCCGUCAGACAUGCUCAGGUAGAGAUCGACAUCACGGCGCCUAACCAUGAGGAGGCAUCUGGACAGGAUCCGGUUCCGGGGCCAGAGACGAGAUGAGUUCCUGGAUCUGGCCGAGUCCCCCAACACGUCUGACACAGAGAGCACCGAGGAUGUGACGCUCAAGCCGCGAGUGUCCGUCAGAGAGGCGGAGGAGCUGAGGGAGGUGGAGGGCGAGCAGCAGAGUGACGCACAGGUACGCAAACUCACCUGUCUGAUCCGUGAGGAGUUUAACGACCUGUAGGGCUGCACGGAUAAUCAAUUUAAAUCGUAAUCAGAUUAUUUGGUGAUGACGAUGUUAAAAAAAUUAUAAUCCUCAAAUCAAUUUUCCUCUGAUGUCUCACACCUCCAGUUCCCACACACACACCAGUCUAAACAAACAUGGCGUUUGCAGAAGAAGGUGAUAAUUUCGUGGUUAAAUAGGACAAGAGCGAGUCAGUCGUGUUGAGUUGUUACGACUUAACAGUUUCAGACGAAGCGUAAACCACUCCCCGCUGUAAAGUCUGUCUGAAGGCGGUAUCAACCUGUCACCAUGGAAACGAAUUCAAGAGAAAAGUUUUUGUCGUGUUGACGUUUCAUCCACACGGAAACGGCGUUUCAGGUGACUGUAAACGGUAUUUUUUAAAAACGGGUCAGAGAGUGAAUAAAUCUGUAAACGACGAUCAUUUCAUCUCCGUGUGGAUGUCUAUCUGCAUCUGUGGAAACGAUCAUGUGACACACAGAGUAACUCUUAUAUGGCGCCAAAACAACCUUUUACAGAAAAGUGUUUCAUUAAAGGGAAAUUUGGUGAAGUUGACACUGAAUAAAAAAUAAAAAAUCUGGAUUUUAUUUUUGUCCAAAAUCGUUCAGCCCAAACUACCAGGAGUUUGAGGAGGAGCAGGUCCUCUGGAUCAUCCCCACAUGAUCAACAUGUGAAGUGUCUCUACCCUCUGAUACCUGUCGUCGGUCUGUAAAGGGUUCAGGUUUCUGCGGGACUUCUUGAUAAAACUGUUAAGUGGUACAGAAGUAAGAUCUGCAUGUCCUACAGAGAGCCUCAGGCUGAGCGGUUUCCUGCUUCCUGAUCCUCCGUGCUUCUGUUAAUUCAGUCUCUUUCCUGUCGGCCUUAUCUCUUUGUCUAACCACCGAUAGAUUUCCUGUUGCUACCAGCAUCAUCGUUUACACUCUGCACUGUAGGAAUGUGAAGAGUCUGUUUGUCGUGGGAUGGUUUUACCUGCUAAGGUUCAGUAGUUUAUGGCCCAUCAGAAACAUCGUCUCCAAUUUUAAAUUUCUUUAAAUAUUGUUGAUUUUGUUUGAUUCAGGGGAUUUUUAAUGACAGUAAUCUCUGUAUUAUUCUCCUGAGGUCAAGAGUGACAUUCAAUGGUCGGGUAGCGUGCGCUCUAAACUGAUAAACUUUAUAUUUUCAGCAGAGCAGCUCAUCACAGCUCCAGUCUGAACUUCUUCCUCUAUGAUUUCAGAUAAAAAGUUUCAGCCUGAAUAAUAAGCGGCAUAGUCAGUUCUAACAGCACCGACACAAAUCCCCCAGCUCUGUUUGUGACGAUGCUCAUAUUAUCCACUCCAUCAUUUGGCCCCAAACGCCCCCACACUAACCUUGGUCCACAAGAACCGGCACAUCAAUCCAUCAUGCGGGCCCUCCCCUUCACCACUGUUUCAUCAGGUUAGACCCCUGACACCUCAAGGCUAAAGAGCGGAGGUUUCUCAUUGAGGAAAAAGUUCAGGUACUUUUUAAUCCUGACACAGGUUCCAGGAAGCUGUCCGUCCUCACAGAAAACAACUUCAGCGUGUCCUCGUUCUGAACGUCUGUGUGCAAACAAAUGAAGAGGUUUUUGUUUUAUGGAGAACUAAAAAAAUCCUGAAAAUUUCAACAUUAUUUCAGCAAAAAGUCACAAUUUUCGGUCCGUAUUAUAAUACUGUCGGUAUUAUAAUAUUGACAGACUUGGUCUUAUUCUGAGAAUAGGCCUGAGAUAACACUUGAAACUCACAGCCUGGGCCCCUGGUGUUGCACACGUAGCUCUGUUGUCACACUGAAUAUGUUCCUUUCUUGUCUCUUUAAGCCGAGUGUGUCAGUCACUUCUGGUUGUUUUUCCUCUUCGCAGUCGUUUAUAAACUCAGAAUAAAAACGAGUUCAUGUUUCUGAUGGGCUGUUGUGAUUUUUUUUUAAGUUAAAAAAAAAGCAUAAAAAUUGGCAUCAUUGCUGGUUAAAACCCACUCACACUUGUUUUAAGAUAAAUAGUGAUGUAGAAGGUAAAAAGUGAGGACCCAGUAUCGAACCCUGUGGCUCCAGGCAUGAGAAAAAAACUGGGCUGGUUUCUCGUCCUUAAACCUCACACACCUGAGGCUCACUUCUUUGUAACAGUUUUAUAUUUGGCUUGUUUUAGUCGAUUAUUUAGUAACCUGCUGGUUUUCGUGUUCUCAGGCUGGUCCCGGCUCAUUUUCUGCAGCUCUCCAAGACGACAACAAGACGGAUCUGAAUGAGGUCAAAGGUCACCUUGAAAUCGCCUUGUUAGAGAAGCACUUUUUACGUGAGUAGUUGACCUGAAGAAGUUGAACGCUCCUCUUUCACCUUUUUAACAUAAAUAUUUUCUGUUAUUGAAACCAUAAUUCUUUGUAGGUGCAUAUUAUUUAUAACUUUCCAGAAUCUGAUUCUGGUUCUAGACUUUAUGAAUCUUAGUAUUUGGGCCUCUUAUGAAACAGAUUUGACUUUUCAUGACAUUCAGAUAACAUAAAGAAAAUAAAAAAAUCAGGAUCCGGGUGUUUUACUUUGGUGUCAUUUGUGUUCCUAGUUUCGGAGCAUUUACCCAAAAUUACAACCAAAGCUCAAUAUGAGGAUUAACACUUUUCUAAUUAAAUAACAUAUGCUAGACGGUCUACUAUAGAAACCCCCGGGUAUUCUUUUCAUCUUCUUUAAUAACUGUCUUUCUUUGUGUCUCUUUAUAAGUGAGGCUGUCCGCUUCACAGGGGGGGAGGUUUCUGGACCACUAAAAUAAUUUCUGAGUAGACACAAAGAGCUCCUACACUGACCCUAAAACAUUCACACAUUUGAUUAAUCAUGACAAAAGUAGUCAUUUAAUUUUCUAAAAUUACCUAUAAACCAUUGCUUGAUGAGGUUGGCAGAGUAUGAUCGUGAAUUUCUAUAAAUGAAAGAAUUAACUCUGUACGUAGUCAGUCGUCGCUCAGUGUGAACCCAACUUAAUCCUCUAAUUCCUCUUUCCUCACAAAAAAAAGAAAUCUACUUGUUAUCCUUGUAUGUCUCUGGUAAAAACAUAACUAUCAAAAUAAAAAAAGACUCUCUUGCUCAAAAACAAAAAUAAGGAAGCUGUGGUUAAGACACAUGGUUUACUGAAAAAAGUCCAUCGAAAGUGAUUUCGAUGCGCAGCGGUUUAUUUUUAGCUUUCUGUCCUCAAGUCUCUGCAAACGACGGCAUUUUAGGAUUUGGUCUGGCUACGCAUGGAAAUCGUAAAAUGCCUUUUUUUACUACUUAAAAUGUUCUCAGUGGUUUUUAAAUUAUGAUUAUAAAGAUUUUUUUAGCCAAAAUCACAUUACUUGUGUCAUUUUUAAGGACUUUUCUUCUGCAAAGCGCUGAUCUGCACUCUUGUCUUCGUGCUAGCUUGUAGCCUAACAUUGCCGGUGUAGUUGAAGAAGCAGGUAACACAGGAACUAUUCAGUUCUCGGACAUUAAUGGCUUUGGGGACAUGAUGAAAGUUAAUAUCAUAAUUAGCUUUCUUAUGAGCAUUGCAAUCUGCUAACGCACACGCUUGUUCCGCGAUCGUCCUCUCUACUUCACUGAGUCUGGCUUGCAGAGCGGUCUCUGGGGGCGGAGCUUGGAUUUGUGACAUAGGAAAUCUCACUGAAUCUGAACCUGCCGUUUGGGUCUGACAGAGAUUCAAAUGAAGAAAUACUCAGAAAUACAAUUUCACACUUAUUUUUCUCAUGAUUUGUCCUGUAGCAUCAGAAAAAUGAACAUAAGAACAUGUAGACAACAAGAAAAAUCAUGAUUUUCAUCAGAGUGGGUCUUUAAUUGCGUGUGUUCACUGGACCCUGCAAAGCUCUGAUAUGCAGACAGCAGAAGAGUAGGAAACACCCAAAUAUGGUCUUAUCUUUUUAUUACACUACUGUUGUUGGAAAAGACAAACUGACUCCACAUUCGCCAUAUGAGGAGUGUCCUGGGUGCGACGAUCCCUUACUGCUGAUAUUUCCUCUUGUCUGAAUCAGCAGCAUAAUGUCGCCUGUCAGAGUUGAAUUGUUGCUAAAUAACAGAUAAUUAUCAGCCCCUAAUGUCUGUGUGUGGUGUGGUAUUUACAGAUGUCUGUUAACAGGUAAAUAUCGGCUGAUACUGAUGCGUAACAACCUGCAAAUAUCCAGAAGCUGUUAGCUUGGCUCAUAGAUGCACAUAGAGAGGAUUAAAGAGGCGAUAACAGCUCUGUGUGCGUUUCAAGUAUUAAAAAGAGUAAAUCUGUCCAUGUCUGAUCAUCAGGAAGUCGCUGAUUUUUUCACUCAUUGAUAUAAAUCAUGAGUGACAAAGUUCGGUGUCCCCUCAGUGAGAGAUUACAUGGAUCUGCUCAUUGUCGCUCCUCUCAUUAGUGUGGAGACAAAGGUUCUACUGCACAACGGCAUGCUGGGUAAUCCAUCAAUAUCUGCCUGUCAGCUUUAUAUAACACACACAGACACAGAGCUAUUAAUAACCCUGCUCAACCUAACGGACACACACACACUCACUCACACUCAGGCGUGAAUAAUGAUUAAAUAAGGACCUUAUGUUUCCUUAAAUAAAGUGUUUCCUCCGUUUAGUCGUUACAAAACCGUUUGUGUAAGAAGUGAAACUAAGAUGUCAGCGAGGAAAAGGGGCGGGGCUUCUCUUCUCAGAGGAAAGUUAAACCUGAGGAGGAGCUGAAGUUCAAACAUGUGAACUCUGCAGCUUUAAAUGAUCUUCAUUACAGCAGAAGUCAUGAUCACAAAUAUAUCAGGAUUAUUAAAGAUGAUCAAACGUAAAUCAUUCAUUCUUCAAAAACAGAAACAACCAAGUGAAACCUGCUGUGUGAUUCAUCUGCUCUCUCUGUCCCUCUGCUUUACGAACACACACACCUCCUCUUCGUGCUCCUCUUCCUCCUUUCAGCUCGUUCCUCUCAGGUUGUCUCCUGGUUGGUGUGUUACAUAUAAAAACAGUCAGCAAAACUCGUGAGUGAGAAAUUAACAGGAUUCAAGUCAAACCAUCACCCUCACUUUGACAGCGCUUUGCUGACUGUUUGGAAAUUUUUAACUUUUUCACAUCCUCUCGUUUUCUGUUGAGGUUUUGUUUACUACCCGGUUUCCUAGCAACACAUUUAAUCAGACUGAUGUCUUUACAUGUAUUUGAAGACCCACUCUGAUGGAGAUCAUGUUUUUCUUGUUGUCUACAUGUUCAUAUAUUCAUUUUUCACUUUUCUGGAGCCCCGCUCUGCAGGCCAGACUCGGUGAAGUAGAGAGGACGAUCGCGGAAUCAGCAUGAGCGUUAGCGGAUUGCGGUGUUAGUAAGAAAGUUAAUUAUGAUAUUAACUUUCAUCAUGUUCCCAAAGCCAUUAGUGUCUGAGAGCUAAAUAGCUCCUAUGUUACCUGCUUCUUCUACUACAUCAGCAAUGUUAGGCUGCAAGCUAGCGUGAAGAGGAGUGUGCAGAGCAGCGCUGUCUCCGCCCACGACUCAGAGGUGAAUCGCUAAUGAGCUACUGGAGCUCUGCAGAAGAAAAGUCCUUAAAAAAUGACACAGGUGACGUGAGUUUGGCUAAAAACGUCAUAAUCUCAUAAUCACUUUGAAAAUCCAGUUUCAAAAUGAGCGGAUCAGGAAACCUGAAUGAGUGAGAAAAGCUUUUAUUGAUCUGUUGUUCACGCCCAGAAACCCUCUUAUGAAUAAAUCAGAGGUGGUCAGUCGUGUUUAAGUGAUCACUUAGAAAUCUGAAACUGAUAGAAGACGCCAGAAUUCAGAGUCAUACAUCAGAUUUGAGUCCCUGUCUCUGCUGAAUUUCAACAUUUAGACGUGUGGGUUUUUGUUUAAAAUGUCCACGAUCAUAAAUGAGCUUUAAGCUGAAUUAUUAGCUGCUGAACUGUCAUCUCUUUCUAUCAUUUGACCUGAUCUGGAUCCUGAAAACUCCUCAAAGAGAAAAACAGAGUAAACAGAAGAAACAUCAGUCGAGAUAAUCUGGAAACGGCGUGUGACCUUCCCCGACCUCAAUCCUCACUUUUCUCCUCUCAUUGUGCGACUGUCUCUCAACAGAGGAGGAGCUGAGGAAACUCAAAGAGGAGUCCAACGUGGAGUCGCUGAGACAGGAGCUGGAGAAGGAGCGCAGCAGAUGUCUGGAGCUGGAGCAGAAGGUUAAUGAGGUCCUGAGAUCCAGGUGAGGAUUUUAAAACACAUAAUCCUUUAAUAAGGAGCUGAUUCAAAGUCUGCGUUUUCUCCUGGUUUGAUUCUGGACUCCUUUUCUGUCUUUUUUAGCCUGGAAGACUCACCUUCUCUGACACCUAAAGCUCCGGCCCCGCCUCCAUCCACAGGUGGGAGCACAGGUAAACGAAACAAACACAUUUCAGACGAGCACAAAGUUCCUGAAAUUCCUCGGUGAGCUGUUUGUGUGUGAACAGAAACAGACGAGAAUUUCACCCCAGAGUUCAAAACAAAACUGAAGAGAGUAAAAUUCAAACUUAUAAGAGAUUAAAAAUAAAGGAUCAGCAGUUUUUAAGGUGGAUAAAGUCGUAAAACAUGACAGCGUGGAUGUUUGUGUCCUCCCUGAAAGUGAGUUUAAGGUUUCCUCCUCGUCUCUGAUCAUUUGUCUCUCUCUCUCUUUUCUGCUCCUGCUCUCAGACAAACAGAAGGACACUCUGUUCGACAGCUUCUUAAAAUGGCUUUACGACCGUUUCGGGGUUUACAUCGAGGACUUUCGCUUCCAGCCGGAGGAGCACACGGUGGAGACCGAGGAGCCGCUGAGUGCCAAGAGGUGAGGAGGAAAAACUGAGGAGGGCAGAAAGAAACCCAGUCUUUAUGUUUCUGUGUGUCUAAGAUCUGGUUUCUGAUCCGCAGGUUGACUGAAAACAUGAGACGUCUCAGUGAGUAUGACUUUUUAAAGAUCUGUGCGAGUCUCUGAUUUGACAGUUUCCUUGUUUUUAAUCGUCGGUCUCUUUGUCGUGUUUCCAGAACGAGGAUUCAAACCUGUGACCAACUUCAUGAGGAACCUUUCUGCCUUAUCCAGCUGGUACUCCGUCUACACGUCGGCCAUCGCCUUCAUCGUGAGUCUGGACAAAAACAAACAAACAAACAAAAACACAUCAGCAAUUAAAUAUGUUAAUUUUUAAAAUCUAAUGGGACAUGUUGAAGCUGAAAGGUUUUUAUUUUUGUUUUUAUUUAAGCUUCAGUUCUUUUGGAUGAUUCAGAGAGAAAAAGUGUUUUUUUGGUUUUUAUUCAUUUAUUUUCUUAAUUUUCAGUUUUUCUUUUUACAUGUUUUAUUAUUUUAAUGUUUAUGUAAAAAAAACGUUUUCAGGAGACUUUAAACGUGUCGAUGCUUUGACGCCUUAAUUUCAAUUAUCACCUCAUUAACUUUACGAACAGUUAAACCUGAUUAUCUCUGAUUAUCCAAACAGACACGCCCCUCUAAACUUAACUCUGUGUGUGUGUGUGUGUGUGUGUGUGCGUGUGUGUGUGUGUGUGUGUGUGUCUCACAGGUCUACAUGUACGCAGCGUGUAACGGCUGGGCCAUCCCCAUGUUCCUGUUCCUCGCCAUCGUCCGCCUCUCUUUGAAUUACCUCAUCGCCAGGUCGGUUCAAGCCCCUCCCACUCUCUCUGACAGCCAAUCACAACGGCUGGAGUCUGUUUUUUAAAGGUCUAAACUCUUGAUUUCAGCAGCAGAUUGUUUUUUUAAGAUCUCAGUCAGGGUCAGACCAAAAAACAACGAAAAGGGGGUUAGUCAGGAUCAGACAGCUGGAGCUCUGAUUGGCUGAGUCCUGAUGACAUCACUAAAGCUGCGAUAAUUUUCUGAUGAUUCGGAUCAGUUCAAGUGUUAACAAUGUCCUCUUUACCUGUGUGUUCCCAUGAUGCACUCCUCUCAGAGGCUGGAGGAUCCAGUGGAGUAUCGUUCCUGAAGUUUCAGAGCCCAUGGUGAGAAAAGUGUUUUUGUGUUUUUUUCACCCUUUAAUUGUUGGUUAACCUCCUUUUUUGGUUGUUUUAGUUUCCUGAACAUUUGAUUCUUCCUCUUCGAUGCCUCGAUAGCGCGUCUUCGAGUUGAGGCGUGACGUCAGGUGUCGGUGAUGAUGAAGUUUCUUCCUCCUCUGUUUUCCAGGAGCCGCCUAAAGAAGACCUGACGGUGUCUGAGAAGUUCCAGCUGGUCCUGGACGUCGCUCAGAAAGCUCAGGUUAGACGCGCUGAACAGUUACGGGCUGAGGCGUUCGGAUUUAAUGACGACAACAAUGACAACUGUUUCUGUUUCUUCUUCAGAAUCUGUUUGGGAAAAUGGCGAACAUCCUGGAGAAAAUAAAGAAGUGAGUUUGUCUGCACACGUUUGUAGAGACUAUGCUGACCUGAAUUUUAGUCACUGUCCGGGUGCGGGAGUGAAGUUUUUUGACGCAUUUCUAGUACAAUCCAAAGUCCAGUCCAAGGUUGUUGUUGCUGUUGAAUUAUAUUUUUGCCAUUUAUUAAUUAAAUGAAAAACAAACAAAAAAAGGCAGAUAGGUUUAAAUUACGACGGUGGUGAUGUACGUGAUGAGGGUGAGAGCGGUGUCGGAGAUUAGCGGUAAAACCUGUGUGCUCCUCCCGUUCCCCAGUCACCAUAAAAUGUCUCACACACGUUUGUCCGAAUGUCCCAAAGAACUAAAGGACCAUGUUGUUAAAUCUUCAAUAAUGUGUGUGUUUGUGUGUGUGUCUGUGUGUGUUUGUGUGUGUGUGUGUGUGUGUGCAGUCUGUUCAUGUGGGUACAGCCGGAGUUGACUCAGAAGCUGUACGUCGGUCUGUGGUUGGCCUUCAUCUCCUCCUGCCUGCUGCCGUACAAACUGCUGGGAUUCAUCAUAGGUACGACCCUGAGGUUAAAAACUCGCUCUGUAGUGUGAGGCUCCUCUUUUUUUAUAUCUAUCAGUCUGUGUUUGUUCAGACUGUUACCUGACGGUACCAGCUCUGGGUCCGGACUGUAAAAUGUAAAUAAAGCGGCUGAAAUGAGUCGCCUCCUGAGUUUGGAGUCUUGGACAUCAGUAGGGAGCUCGCAGUAAAGCCGUCCCUCCUUCACAUUACAUGGAGACAGUCAGUCCUUCCUAAAUUUCUCCCUUUGGAGGUUAUCAGAGCAUGAGCUGCUGGAGGGAGGCCCUGAGGUGGACCCGGAGCUCGCUGGAGCUGGAAAACUGGUCUUGGAUAAACAGGAGGAAAUGGAUGGAUUGGUAUCUUUGUCGGCUCUUGCUGAGUGGAUUUAUACCGUUGCUGUCCCAGAACAGAGUUAAAGACUUCAUAUUUUUGGACUCUUCUAGUCUGGCUAAAGUUUGGUGUUAAAAUGCAGAGAGAGGCGAGUUUUUGAAUCAGGAGUUUUGACAUUUCCUGCAAAUUUUCAGUUUUACACACACUCGUAUAUCAAAGUAGCUAUGAGCCACUGAGUGUUUGCAGCUGAGCCGUGUUUAUAGAUUAGAAUACUAUGAAAACUUAUUAAUGUUAUUAUUCCAAACAGUUCAUCCAAUCCACCGUAAACCCAGUGCAAAAUUUCAUGCGACUUUUUAAAAAUUGUUAUUACGUUUUUGCGACUUAAUCCUCAUUGAAUGAUCUUAAAAACACAGUUAUCGUUAAAUGACCCAUUCAGCUCCAGCACCAUUGGAUCUCUGAUUAUUCUUGUCGUCUUCUUCCUCCUCAGGUGUGUACGCAGGUAUUAAAUUCUUCAUCAUCGACUUCAUCUUUAAGAGCUGCCCGAAGCUCCGGCAGCGCUACGACACGCCCUACAUCAUCUGGACCAAUUUACCCACCGACCUGCAGCUGAAGGAGCGCAGCAGCACCACCAUGAGCAGACGGGUCAGUCCAAACUCGGUCCAAACCCGUCUGUAGUCACAACAAAAAAAGUGUAGCUUUACCCGAGAUAACGCUUUUUUAUUUUCUGCACAUUCUCCUCAACUGUUAAAAAUGACUGCCUACAUUACCCACAAUGCAUCUCGCAGAGUAUUAUGCUGCAUUUGAGUUACCUCAGAAGUCAGAAGUCCAAACUGAAAAUGACGUCACACCUGAGUCCCCAGCAUUUCAGUUACCAAGUCGGAAAUAAGGAAAAUCAGAGGUGGAAACAAGAUGGCUACAUCUACAAAAGUUAUCUUAGUGCUUGCCCUGUCUGAAUAUAAGGCUAACGCUAAAAUAACUUUCGUAGAUGUAGCCAUCUUGUUUCAGGCUUCGAUAAAUUUUCGGUUUAUCGCCCAGCCCUAAUUAUGACUAACAUAAAUCUGAAAUUUUAAAGAAAGUUGUAAAACUAGGGUGUUUAUUUAAUUUACAUGGAAUAAAAUCUGCAGCUAGAUGAGACUCCGGUGAAUAAAAUAUUUAAAAUCUACUGUAUUUAAAAAAACUCAAAGGGGCGUGGCCGACCUUUAAAUUUGAGUGAUUCCCUACGAAACAGGUGGUUGUCUAUUCUGAGCCGUUCAUGCUUUAAUCGGACCCAGAUAUUACAGUUUUUUUCAGAAUCCCAUCAUUAAAGAAUUUUUCGUGCAGCUCAUAGCGCCCUCUAGUGGUAGCGGGAAAUGUUAUCACUCUGUUAGUGCAGGUUUUAGCCAAAUUAGCUCUAAAAACACUUUAUUUUUUGGUCCUCUUCGAUUGAAAAUAUAAUCUUAUGUAAAUAGCUGGACCAUGACCCUGUUUCCCCGAAGACUGAACCAGCUAAACUCAUCCCAGUAUGUUACAGGUUCUUACUGGUCCCAGCAGGUGGCGUCAGCUCGGUCUGGUUUCAGUUUCUGUUAUUGUUUUUCUUUCUCAGCUGUCUGAGUGUGAACAGGUAGGAUCUCGGUGUGUGUGUCGUCACGGGUCAGUAGUGUGUAGCUAGAGCUGUAGGAUCAUGGUGACAUCACUGAAUGUGACCAAUGAGCUGCUGUCGUCCUCUUGACUGACAGCGAUGAUCAUAAGUGGGCGUGGUCGUGAGAUAUCCCCCAGUCAGAGUGUCAGUCGGUGUCCCUUCCUGAUCAUCAGAGGAUGAACCCUUUAGAUUUUAAAGACCCCAUCACCUCCCUCUAGCGCCCUCUACAGGACGAACUUUGGUUGGAUCUCACUUGAAUUUUGACCAAUUUUUUUCCUUUUCUCCCCAAAUUUUUAGUUUGAUAAAGAAAUUUUAUGUUUUUUUUUUUUUUUUUUUACUAAAAUAUGAACUUUGGGGUUUUAUUUUGCUUUAAAGUCACUUUUCAAGUUUAAUCUCAUCCAAAUCUUGAACUUUUUUUCUCAGACUUUAUUAAACACACGUUAGAAAGGUCAGCUCAUUGUCAUAUUGUGUUUUACCAUUGUGUCUCUAAUCACACUGAGCAGGACAGGAGCGGUCAGGGCCAGAGGAGGAGGUUUCUGUCAUAAUGUUUGAUUUAUUCAUUUAUUAUUUUUGUCUUUGUCUUUAUAUUUGUCUCAUCUUUGGGUUGUUUUGCUCCUUCCCCUGCUCUCCUCUCUCCUCCUCCUAACUCCUCCUCUCUCCUCCUCCUGCUGAUCUCAGCUGUUUAAAGCAGGUUCAUCUUAGCUUCAUCUUCUGAUAUUUUCAUGUUUGUGUGGAAUCAUAAUUGAAACCUGAUUAAUCGCCCAGCCCUACCCUUCCUCGUUCUUCCAUGUGAUUAGAUUUCGGAAACUCUGAGCAGAAUUUUCACCUGUGAAUCGUCUUUUUUGUCGUGGUUGUUCUUGUUUUGUUUUACUGCCAUUGUAAGGAUUUAGUGUCUUUGUUUUUUGGAUAAACACAAUUUUUUUUUAUCACUGCUACAGAAAAGACUCGGAAAGAAAAAAGAUGUUUUAGCACAGGAGACAGAUUUUAGAACAAAAGAAUAAAUAAGGACGCAGUAAUCUGGACUCUGACUCAGUGAAAGUCCACGUACCAGGGGAGUGGUGGGCGACAACUUCACUCGAACUGCGGCGCUGAUCCAGCUCCAGCUGAUUUGUUGCUGCGGUCUCUGACCCUCCUGUUUGACCCGUUCAGGUCACCGCUGCAGGGAGCCGAGGCAGCGUCGGCGCCACAGCUCCUCUGGGUGUCCGCGGGGACGAGGACGGAGGGCGAAACUACAGCACCAAGAGAGGGACUUUUCAUGAAGUCUUCAGUCUGCCGGAGACCGAGCGCCCUCUGUCAGGUGAGGGAGGAACUGCAGGAGUGCAGAAACAGACUUCAAAUAACGCAACAAUACUCGAUCAUGUCGACAUGAUACUUCACAGGUGUUUUUAAAGAUCCUCUGAUCAGGUUUAAGUCACAGCGUCGGAUUUUAACCAGGGAAAUAAAACAACCAAAACCAGUCAUAAACUGCAGUAUAGGUCAUAAACCCCGCCUCCUCCAGCAAUCCCUAUGAAGCUGUGGACAAACUUUAGAAAUUAAUCACACAGAAUAUAAAUGUUUCUCCCCCCUGGUUGUGAUGUUGACAUGUAGUUACUGUCAGACUGGUUUGUGCUCAAGUCCUCUUUUUUCUGUACAGCUCCGUUUUUAAAAGUUAUUAGGGGGUUCAUGUUUUCUAUGAUUGACACCUGAUACAGCCUAUGGGUGUACGAAGUCGUAUAAUCCCUCCACUAAAAUCUCUAAAUAUCUGUGCAUGACUGAACUUGUAGCUGCAGUAUAAACUCCGCCUGCCUUUGAGCCGCUGAUGUAUUUCUUUUUCAUUUGUGUUGCUUCAGUGUGUGAGAACGGCUGGCGCUGCUGCCUGAUCAACAGAGACAGAAAAACGCCCACAGACUACAUCCGAAACGGCGUCCUCUUCGUCACUGAGAAGUAAGUCCUGCGGGUCCUGGUCUGUGCUGGUCCGGAGGUCACGGAUGCAGUAAUUCAGUCUUUAAUCCUUGAAUGGUUUCCUCUCUGUCUCCUCAGCUACCUGUGUUUUGAGAGCUCCAGCUCCAGGUCAGGAUCCUCCAAGAGGAACAAAGUCAUCAAACUGACGGAAAUCACAGACAUCCAGAAGGUACGCCGAGUCUGUGAGCACAAUAUGUUUAUGUUUAUGAAACAUGUAAACGUCGUCUCAGACUUAUACUCCCUCUGUCUCUCACAGUACAAAGUCUUGUCUGUUUUACCUGGAUCUGGGAUGGGCAUUUCCAUAGCAACACCAUCCACCCAAAAGGUAAGAAGGACGUCUACUUAAAGAGAAGAAACAGAAAUAUGACAUUUUAGUACAAAAAGAAAAAGUUCUGCUUUUAUGAUCAAACUCGAGUGAUUCUCCGUCUUCGGUUUCUUCUCACAGCCGAUGGUGUUCGGCGCGAUGAUCCACAGAGACGAGGCUUUCGACGUCCUCAGCGCUCAGUACAUGAAGGUGAACACCAUGGUAACAGCCGCCAAACCAGAGACAUAGUAACACCUUAACGAGACGGGCCGCCUUCACGCGAAUGCUGAAACUGUUACACUUCAUCCACAGGUGACAUCUCCAAAAACGCCGCCGACUUAGAGUCACACCUUCAGUCAUCGUACGAGGUGACUGAGCGGCGUUAAAAAUCCCGGGUUGAUGUUAAAUCGAUCCAAGUCCACGUGACAGAAUCAGCACAACAAAGUCAGUCCUGAGUGUUCGUUUUUAGUUCUCACGGUUUCGGACUAAUCCGCUUAGAAACAAGUAAAGAGAGGGACCCUCCUUCUGCCCGGAGUUCAUAGAGUUCAUUUCAGCAGCACUUAACUCCCCUAAUACAACAAUCACCGCUUCCUCACUCAUUUUCUACUUUCUUCUUCUUCUCUGCUUUUUUACAAUCCCUGUCCAGCACCAGUUUUCCAGACUUCGUCCUCCUGCACAAAUGCUUCACAGUGAAAGUCUUGCAAGGGCACAAACCCCCCCUUUACCCCCUUUACUUGGAAGACUUGAAUCCCACCCUGAUGUACCCUAAAAACACCAGACUGCACCGCACAAUGUAUCAGCCAUUAAAUAUUACCUGAUAAGCAGAAAAUUUAAUCACAAAUAAUGUUUAUAAUGAAUUAACGUGUUAAUCAAACAUCCAGACUAGUUAGGGGUCGGCCGUUUCUCUCUGUUUUCAUCGUCUGAACUGAAUAUCUUUGGGUUUUGGAGGAAAACUUUCAACCACGCCAGCUCAGAAUAAAAACACACACAAAUAAUCAGAACUGGCUGCAAAAAAGUCAAUAUUCAGAUUAGAUUUCUGUCUAAAAUCAAGAGACUCUUGUGUCAAACAAUGCAGGAUGUCUUAGUUAAGCCUCUGAGAACCACGGCUUUGGCGACUUUGAGUGGAAAUAUUAAAACCUGAGCAGAACAGCUGCAGAAGAAUUUCCAUGAGAAAAACUACCAAGUGUCAAGUUUUGUCUGAAAACCAAAAAUCUGCCGUUUUCCUGAAUAAGUGAGAAUCAGCACUUUAGUUGCGCUUAAUCCAGUAAUUUAACAAAUGAAUUAUCGUCUCCUUAAAAUCACAUACAUGGUCUUUAAUCUACAGCUGACCCUGGAGAAUCAGAGCGAGCAAAACUUCAACAACCUACCAACACAAAAUCAACAAAACUUAAAUAUUAAAGCUCCAAUGAGGAGUUUUCUGAUGUUCAAAGAAUAAACAGACGUUAGUGUUUUUAAUGUUCAUGUUCAUAAUCAAAAUAGCGAUAUUUAAAUCCAGCAUUAGGAAGACAAAGCAAAGACUGCUUUGUCCACAGGGGGCGCCAAAUCAACAGGAAGUCAAAGUUCCUCAUAGGAGCUUUAACAACACCGUGUUACCAAGGAGACAAGCACCUCCCAGUGUGUGAAACUUUAAAUCUACAUAUGCUGGUGCUUAAAGUGCAUCUAAGCAGCUUCUUGUCCUCGAAGGCCACCGUCUAGAAUCUGACCAGCUAAACGUUCCUAAAUCUUCGCACUGUACCUUUAAGAGGCCUAAAUGACUCGUUAAUCCAGAAAAGAGCAGAUUUUAAACUUUGUCUGUUUUAAACACAAUCCACUUCCAAAUGACCCGGCUAUAAUUAACACGACUGAACUAGAACUAUACUCUCAAUUAUGCGUCUGUGAUCCAUUCAAAACCGCUGAGUAUCCAGUUUAAAGAGAUUUACGACAGAAGAAACAGAGACUUAGUUUUAAGAGAAUAAAUUCAGAUGUUUUCACAGUGUUAUAAGCAGAUAAUCAUCGUUUAACCUCGUUCCUUUCAUUAGUGUCUUCAGGGAAAUGUAAAAACUUCAUUAUCUGUGUUGUAUUACGCCUUACGGUCUUGUUAAUGUGACACGUUCUUUAUAAGGUUCAAAGUUCUUCUAUUCAGUAUGAAUGUCCUCAAACUACUGUAGUUACUGUGCAACAUUUAACAUAGCGCUAAAAAUUAACCACGACUUCCUGCUUUUUUUUAUGUGAGUGUUAAAACUGAAGAGUCCGCUUCAGUUUGUUUUACGAUUUCACCCGAUCAAGGUUGAUUCAGUUUAUACUUGAGCUUCUUUUUUUUUUAAGAAAUCAGGAUUUGUAGCUAAAUUAAGACGCUAGCCACACGAUGACAACGAUGGCGGCGACAGCGAAGUCGAGCUUAAGGCUAACGUAGCUAAAGCUGAGCUCCACAAUAAUGACUUGAAAUAUAAGUUUUUUUAAGAUUAAGGAUAAAAACAGCUGAUUCGCCCACAUUUUCACACAUUUUUGCCUUUAAAGUUCGAUCUUUUGCACUCGAGUUGCUUCCAGUCUGAUCUUUUCGAGCCAUUUGGAAUAAAAAAUCUCAUCGAGCCUCAAAAUAGGAUCUACUGAUAAGCUUUUUCUCUUGAUCAACGGGAUGAUUUUAAAUUUUCAGUUAAACGUUCGUUAAGUUUGAUGCUAAAUUAGGCUGAAGUGCAGCUAUGUAGAUUUUAACGUGUGUGUGUGUGUGUGUGUGUUUUUGCUCAUGUUUGAGUUUGAACUUUUGUCUGUUUCUCAGAGGGAAUGAGUGUAACUACGGUCCGUCUCAGGACUGUCACACCAGCAUUUAUCGUUUCAGUUCCCAUUUAAUCCCCGUUUCUGUAGAGACAUUACAAACUGUACAUUCCAACCAAACGCCGUCACCGACGUGACGAAUAUCCAUUCAGGUGAAAAUCAAAGUGCAGACCGUAAACGCAUCGCCCAGUAACACAUGACUCAGUUUCGUGGAUCCUUCUCACGGUUCGGAUUUCGUCUAACGGAGCUCUUCUGUUGCCAACUUUUUUGUCUUUUGUAGAUUUUCAUUUUGCUUCUUAAAGAAAAAAAACGUAACUCUCUGAAUUUGCAGUAUUGUUGCCAGUUGUUAAUACCAUGUUGCCUCAUUCGAACAUCUGUAGUUUUGUGUGUCCGGACUGUCUCGGCUCUAACACUCGGCCGGUCUUCUUGAGUUUGUUUUCGUGGUUUAUCGGCUUUUAACUCGGUCAUCUCUAAUCGUAAACUCUGUGAGCAUUUCUCUGUCCAGCUGUUGUGUCUUUUGAAUGUAAGGGUUUUAUAAAUUGGUGUCAUUGUACAAACAGGUGUAAAAUUUUUAACUUGAGAUAAUUUCUGCUGUAAAAAUUUGAUUUUGAUUUUUUUAUUUAAGUAAAAUCAAAUGUCAAACUCU